AUUGCAAAAUAUGAAAGCAAGUAAAAUUCCAAAUUUUACAUCAGUAAGUCUGUGCAAUGAGUUGUUCUAACUCUUGUUCAGCACGGAGAAGAAGUUCAUCACGAACAUGUCCCAUUUCUGGAGCACGCAACUGUCCAGUGCAAUGCAUAACAAAAUUAGUCCUGUUUCUUGCUAUCACCAUAUUCAUACUGUAUGUACCUCUCGGUAAUACGCCCCAGAAUGUGGAGCCUCAGGGAGGAUCCUGUCUAAAAAUAGAAAUAAAACCACCAAUACAUGACAAGAACACAGCAUUGUGCUGUAUAUGUGAUAUGUACAAUAUACUGGUAAAGGUUGGUAAAGUGGCUUCAGAUACUAUUGACAGGAUAGUGUGCCUGUCUAUAGAAGCUUUGUAUGAAGGGAAGCUGCAGUUCUAUCGGUUUUUGGAAACUGUCGACAGCAAAGAUUUGUGUCGUGCUGUUUGUUGCCGAGAAGAAAGACCAGGUCACAUGGCGUCAGAGAGGAGUGACAGGGUUCCGUGCAAGUGCAGCAAGAGUCGGGCUUGCAGAAAGACCAGAGUUUUGACAUAGUGGUGUAUUUUCUUUAUAUUAAGUAAAUUGUUGCACGUCUUUAACAGACUUCCCGAAGGGGGUCUCGA